GAUUGUAAAGUCCCAUUUAGAUGGUUAAGAAUUUGCGUGCAAUUUUUGUUACAUUGCUGUAGUCGAUCGACUGAAUUCAUUGUUACUCUGUAGGUACUCUAUAGUUAGCAAUGUAUGUAGUCGUCGAAAUACGUGUUUAUCCACCAAAAUUUUAAUAUUUCAAAAAAAGACUAAAAUUAUACCUGUAUAUCCAUUAAUGGUAUUUCGUUAAAUAAAUUUGCUGAGAGUCAGAAUACAACGUUUUCAGUAGGCGAUUUAUUUUUCAUAUUUGAGCUCGAUUAAGUUAUCGAAAAUAAACGACCCUCUCGUUUAUUUUCGAUAACUUAAUCGAUGGCUCUGAUAUAAGACAGACAGAAAAAUUACCAUCAACUAUAGCUUUUGCGGUAUAAUGCCUACAAGACAGAAUACCUAAAUCUGUAAGUACAAGCCUAAGUCAUCUCUCAAAUCCAAUUUAUCAGAGAACCUGUCUCUCCCUUACCACCUAAGCUCAAAGUCCUACAUCACCCUAAGUAAGGUAAGGGUUUUUACGGUACUGAAAAUAAGCGCAUAUUAUGACUUGAUCCAAUGGUGGGCUAAGGAAAGGACAGCCCGCAGGCCAGCUCCAGCCCGCGAAUGAAUUUAAUCUGGCCCGCCAAUCUUUCGAAAGAAAAGUAAAUACUACUUAUAUGGCACGCGAAAUAAUAAAAAUGCAGUUUUGCUGCAAUUCUAGGCCUCUUCUCAAAUUAUAUAUUAAACUCUCUGGCCUCCCAUGAAGAAAUUAUGCCCACCACUGUAUGUUUGCACACGUAAAUAAACAAGUACCUAGAGAACAAGGGGCAGGUGAUAAUUAUGAUUUACGCUUUGUACUAACGCAAAGAUACUAAUGACAAUACUCGUAGUGACACUGCAUGAAUCGCGCGCAUAUAUAUAAAACAGUAUAUGGAUUUUAUCUCAAUGUUAGUUAAGUACACCAGCGACAUGAACGUCUUCCUGGUACUACUUAGCGUCUUCUGUUUUCCUGGGAUACUGGGUUUAGCGGUAAACCCAUUGUCAAAUCUUACUAAUUCGACUAAUGAUAUGUAUGUAAUUCAUGCUACGGUAUACCAAGUUGGAAUUAUUACAAAUAAAUCGGAUGACGAAAUUGCUAACAUGACAGGCAAUCAAGAAGCUUUGUCAUUUUACCAUAGCAACGGCACAGCUGUGGACUUGAGCGCCAUUCCAGCUCCGCUGUUUACAAAUGUGACAGCUCAGAGCGCCGUGGCCGUGGCGCCCGUCCAACCUAUUGCAUCCUCGGACACUAGCCCUCCCUUGUCUGUACUUGAUGGGAUCACAAAGGAGAAAAAAAGCUCACUAGUUAAAAGAUCAGAAAACUAUCUCCAACCUCUUGAUCAGGAAAUAAUCGAGGCUGAGGAACAUGGAGAUAAGAAACGUAGUAUUUACUUAAACCUCUUCAGAAGAUCGGUGAAUAACUCCAGUAUCGGAGGCCCGGCUAUCAAAGUCGUGAAAGAGACAUCCCUGAUCCCGCCGGAAGUCGGCUUGAAGUCCAUAGGGCUGCCGGACUUGGUUGGACUCAACACUAGCGUAGCAUCCGUCCCUCUUCCGAUACCUAACACUUCUGUUGUGCGUUACGCCAAAAUUAGCACUCUUGUGAAAGCACCUUAAAUAUUUUGCUGUUUUGAAUCAUUUUAUCAUUAAUUCAUUAAUAUCAAAAAAGGGCAAGUUUAUGCAACACAAGUUAUUUUGAAUACGAUUAAAACGAAUAAAUAAAAACCUUUUUCCAAAAGGAUAAAAUAAAAUAUUAUCAUUUUUUCAGUAUAUGCGUUACCAACUGAUAUGUUUGAAGUCGGUGCCAAGCCAAAUUUAGAAACACCAUGAUUUUGGUGCGAUUCGAUAAAGAUGCGACUAUAAUAAGUAUGUACAAUACGUUGGAUUGCCUUACUACGACAGCAACGAACAUACUUUCUGUACCUAGGUAGAUACCUAAGAACAGAUGGUCGAACAUUCUUAGCGCAGUCCGUACCUUGUUAGUAUAAAACCAAUGCAUUUAUUUGUGUUGCCGUCGUAAUUUUUAAAGAGCUAUUUUUGAACUGUCCAUAGCACGCAAGUGUGGAAUGGAGACAGUUAUUUCCAGUCCCUUAUCCAGAGAUUUUAACUUCAAAAUAUAAAAUAAUUCAAGGACCGUCUUCAGGGCUUAAACUUUUCACCUAAAUCGAUUCAGAUAUUUAGCCGUGAAAAGGUAACAAAGACACAGAUAGAAUUUCUUUCACGUUUAUAAUACUUACCUAUUACUACACCGGGGUACUACAGUUGUAAUAUGAUUUAUAGACAUAAAGCUGAUUAUUAUUGACCGGCAUUGAUACUAUUUGGCUUGGCACCGACUUCAAACAUAACAGUUGGUAACGCAUAUACUUAAAAAGGAUAAUAUUUUAUUUUAUCCUUUUUGAUUUCAGUUUAGUUUUUUUUGUAAAUAGUUUUUAUUUUUCCAUUUUUAGCUUUAAGGCAUUGUUUAGAGCUCAUGAGUGACGUGUGACGCAUGAAUGAAAAACACAAUAAUGUUUAACACUAAUUCCGUUAACUUUAAUAAAUAAUCAGGAUUUUCCUCGA